GAGGUGGAGGAGACCGUACGAGACAUCUCGUAGGAUGCCUAGCUUUAUGGAAAGAUCAGGCUCGCUGCGUUGGAAAAACCCGCGCAAGUCCGAGUCCAACGCCUCCAUGACGAGUGAGAUGUAGUUUCGUUUGUCGUAAUGGACGCCGACAAAGUGGACGAUGUUCGGGUGGCGGAGCUCGCUCAGCAUCUUGCACUCCUUCAUAAACCUGAGCCUCACGGACUCGCGGUCGGCCGGAGGAACGCGGGGGUCUUGCAGGAUGUCGUGGAUGCGUUUAGCGAUGCACGUCGUUCCGUUGACGGACACGGUCCGUACGAUUCCGUAGGCGCCAUAGCCCCUCUGUUCUCCGUCGGCCAACCCCCAGACUUUUUUCUUUAGAACGUAUUUUUCUUCUACUCGAAGCUCUCUGGCAGCCAUCAUUAUACUACAGGCGUAGCAAUGCACAAAUCUCUCUGCGCAUGCUCUACGCGUUCUCCGGUCUCUUGUCGCGCGCGUGAGCGGGGCGGAACUCUCUUCUCCCAAGCUAGACACACGUACCUAGCAUUGAGCCGGAAUGGAUUCACAAGCUACACUCCAAGCCGCUGGUUCGCUCAAAGAACCGACGCUGAAGGAUCUCUUGAACCUUGUCCGAGUUACUGAUCUGUUCCGUCUGGGGUUAGAACUAAACGUGGACUCACACGAUAUACAACUAGUGCAACAAAACCAUCCUACUGACCAUCAAAAACAACUCUUGGAUAUCUAUGAGGUUACACCCACUGAUUGUCACCUGGUCCAAAGAGAGAGUCCAUCAUUAACUAGACGGCACAUUCAUAAAGAAAGGCACUCUGGGCCCGUAAAUGGACAAAAAACAACAACAGACACGGGAAACCUAACUCCACAACUUGGGUGCUGCUCUCUAAAAGUGCUUCUUGUGUGCAGCGUUCUAGUUGCAGGAGCAAUAGUGGUCACAGUGAUGUUUGUGAGAGAUGAACAGUUCCACCCUAUGUCUCCUGUCAGAGAUAUUCCACAAAAAACCCCAACAUCUCCAGAUCCAGUUACAAAGUCUAGCCCCAUGAACACCAAACCAGUUCAUCCUACUCUCACUCCAGGAGAAUACGAAGAUUGGCUACCAAAGGAGCCAACAGUAAAGUUCCUCUCCCUAAUAACGUACACUGACUCUAAAGGAAAGAAAAAAUCGUUUCGUCUCAUCAGCGAAGUCCAGAACAACUGCCAGGACUUGGGUACAGAGCUGGGCAUCGACCCACCCAUACUCAAGGGUUUACAGAACAGCCACGGAACUCCAUCAGACAUCUGCAGGGAUAUUCUCCAGACGUGGAUAGACCGAGGUGUUCAGGUCACCUGGGAGAGGCUGCUACAGGGUUUGCACGAUAUCCAACUUGGACGGAUUGAGAAAGGUCUUAGAGAGGCACUCUCACACUCUCCCGAAAUAAACAAUGCUGAAUAA